AUGGAUGCAGCCACUCAGGGAAAUGGGGGCAUAGUAUCAGAUGUGGUCUUUGUCAUUGAAGGAACUGCUAAUUUAGGACCCUACUUUGAGUCCUUGAGGAAACAUUAUUUGCUGCCUGCAAUAGAAUAUUUCAAUGGUGGUCCUCCAGCAGAAACCGAUUUCGGAGGCGAUUAUGGUGGCACACAGUAUAGCCUCGUGGUCUUCAAUACUGUGGAUUGUGCCCCGGAGUCUUAUGUUCAGUGUCACGCCCCUACCAGCAGCGCUUAUGAGUUUGUUCAGUGGCUUGACAGCAUCCAGUUUAUGGGUGGCGGUGGCGAGAGCUGCAGCCUUAUCGCUGAGGGACUUAGCACUGCUCUGCAGCUUUUUGAUGACUUCAAGAAGAUGAGAGAAACAGAUUGGGCAAACACACAAAGUGUGUAUAUAUUAAUCUGCAACUCUCCACCAUAUCUCCUUCCUGCUGUAGAGAGCACAACCUAUUCUGGUUACACUACGGAAAACCUUGUUCAGAAGAUUGGGGAGAGAGGAAUCCACUUCUCUAUAAUUUCUCCUCGAAAGCUUCCAGCUUUGAGGACUCUUUUUGAAAAAGCUAUGCCAGUGGGUACUAUAAUGGAGCCCCAGCCAAAGGAUUAUAGCCAGGAUCCUCGUCACAUGAUACUAGUCCGAGGAAUGGUCCUUCCAGUGGGUGGAGCAGCCAGUGCCCCAGGGGUUCCCCCCAAGCAAACUGUCCCUCAGCCACAGCAUCCUGUUGUACAGUCACAGAUGCCAUCUGCCCCUACCCAUCAGAUCUCUCAAGUUCCAGCUCCAUACAUGCACCCUGCUCAGACAAGCACCCUGACACCUGCACAAAUUGCCGCUCAGUCUGCUGUUGAAGCUGCCAAGAUCCAGCAACAGAAGAACACAAUGCAAAGGUUUCUAGUUCCUGGCCUAGGUGGUAUGCAGCCUACUCCAGCUGUUGGACCACCAUUUAACCAGCCACCUGCUUCGGCUAUGGCCCAAGGACAAGCUUCCAAGAUGGUUGUCUCUACCGCAUCUUUAAUAACGCCAUCUUCUCAACCCAGUCUAGUCUCUACAGUAACUACAGGGCCUGGACCAGCACAAGGGCCGUUGUCGCAACAGCCAGCUCAGCAGCAGCCAGUCCCACCACAGAUGCCUGGUACAGGAGGACCCGGUGGCGUACCAGCACAACAGCCUGCUGCACCGCAGAUUGGAGCUCCACAGCUGCCUGCCACACAACAAUCUGUUGCGAACAAAAUGCUUGCAUGGAGUGGUGUUCUGGAGUGGCAAGAGAAACCUAAGCCAGCCUCUGUAGACACUAAUGCCAAGCUGACACGCUCCCUGCCUUGCCAAGUGUAUGUCAACCCUGGAGAAAACCUGAAAACCGAUCAGUGGCCUCAAAAGUUAAUAAUGCAGCUGAUCCCACAACAGUUGCUGACUACCUUAGGACCGUUAUUCAGAAAUUCUCGAAUGGUUCAGUUCCAUUUUACUAAUAAGGAUCUGGAGUCAUUGAAGGGUCUAUAUCGCAUCAUGGGCAGUGGCUUUGCGGGUUGUGUUCACUUUCCUCAUACUACACCUUGUGAGGUACGCGUUCUCAUGCUACUCUACUCUUCCAAAAAGAGGAUCUUCAUGGGCUUGAUACCCUAUGAUCAAAGUGGCUUUGUCAAUGGUAUUCGACAAGUAAUCACCAAUCACAAACAAGUACAGAUGCAGAAGAUUGACCAGCAACGAAAUGUAAGCAGUGGCUUGUUACUCUAA